AUGCAGGUGUAUGCCGUUUACGGCUUCCCGGUGACUCAAAAUAAAUGGCGGACUUGGCAAUUAGUCCGGAACGUGAGACCUGUGGAUGUCAUUCCGUGGCUUUGUAUAGGUGACUUUAAUGAUAUUCUUUCCCCGUCCGACAAGCUUGGGGGUGACCCACCUGACUUAGGUCAGAUGCAAGUGGCGAACCGAGCUUGUGCGGAUUGUGGGCUUCAUAGAGUGGAUGCAUCGGGUAACUCCUUUACUUGGGUUAACAAUAGAACGGGCCCUGAACGUGUUGAGGAAAGACUUGAUUAUGCUUUGAUUAAUAGAGCUUGGGAAGAUUUGUGGCCGAUCUCCAUGGUUUCUCACCUGAUUCGCCACCAAUCUGACCAUAGCCCGAUUGUGUUUCAUUGUGGUUCUCGCAGGGCUGAGAUCAAAAGGCAUAGAACGAAGAUGUUUCGUUUUGAGGAAUUGUGGCUUGAGGGUGGAGACGAGUGUGCGGAGGUUGUGGCAGAGGGUUGGAGCAGACAUAAUCAUUCUCUCAUCGGAAAGAUUGAUGUUGUUGGGCGUACUCUGAGUUCCUGGGGGAAAGAAAGAUAUGGUGAUUUACCAAAAAAGAUUGCGGAUACAAAGGCACGUAUACAGCGAUUACAAAGAGGCCGACAAUCUGACCAGGUGAUUUUAGAGACUAAGUUUGCGGAAAAGUCCUUGGAUGAGCUAUUGAAACAGGAGGAAAUUUUCUGGGGACAAAGGUCUAGGGCAAAUUGGUUAAAGCAUGGUGACAGGAACACUAAAUUUUUCCAUACUAAAGCGACUCAAAGGAGGAAGAGAAAUUUAAUUGAGGAGAUCCGGGAUGAUCAAGGAAGGAAUUUUGAGCAAGAUGUUGACAUUGCGAGAGUUUUAACAACUUACUUUGAAGGAAUCUUCUGCUCUUCUAACCCCUCAGGGGUAGAGGAGGUGGCCUCCCUUGUUGAUGGUCGGGUAACAGAUGCUCACAGGAGGAUCCUUUCGGUGCCUUUCACUCGUGAAGACAUAGAAGAUGCUUUGUUCCAGAUGCACCCCACGAAGGCACCUGGAUUGGAUGGUUUUCCAGCUCUGUUCUAUCAGAAGUUCUGGCAUAUUGUGGGUGAUGAUGUGACCGCUUUUUGCCUACAGGUUCUCCGAGGUGAGGUAUCACCAGGUAUGGUUAAUCAAACUCUGCUUGUGCUAAUCCCAAAGGUUAAAAAAUCUGUUUGUGCGAACCAAUUUAGGCCGAUUAGCCUCUGCAAUGUUAUUUUCAAAUUAAUUACCAAAACGAUUGCUAAUCGGUUGAAACUAAUUUUGAAUGAUUUGAUUUGCGAAGCUCAAAGUGCUUUUGUUCCUGGGAGACUAAUAACAGAUAAUGCGUUACUUGCUUUUGAAUGCUUCCACUACAUGAAGAAGCGUAUCACAGGAAGGAAUGGAAUGAUGGCUCUCAAGCUAGACAUGUCCAAAGCCUAUGAUCGUGUGGAGUGGCCCUUUUUAAGAGGUAUUCUAACCCAUAUGGGGUUUCCUUUAAAUUGGGUUGAGCUUAUCAUGUCGUGUGUUAACACAGUGAGUUUUUCUCUUAUGGUUAAUGGUAACCCACAACCGUUUUUCGCACCUCAUCGAGGUUUGCGACAAGGAGACCCUCUCUCUCCUUACUUAUUUAUUUUAUGUGGUGAAGCUUUCUCAGCUUUGAUUCAGCGUGCUAUCUCAGUUUCUGCUUUACAUGGUAUUAAGAUUGCAAGAUCUGCUCCUGUUAUCUCACACCUUUUGUUUGCAGAUGAUAGUGUUCUUUUUUCCCGGGCUUCGAUUCAGGAAGCAGAAUGUAUCAAAACCAUUCUUGCAACCUAUGAACGAGCUUCUGGGCAGGUGAUUAAUUUGGACAAGUCCAUGCUUUCAGUUAGCCGAAAUGUGCCAGAUAACCGUUAUUAUGAGCUACAACAGCUUUUGGGUGUAAAGGCAGUAGAAAGUUAUGAUAAGUACUUGGGGCUACCAACUAUCAUUGGUAAGUCUAAAAACCAAAUUUUCCAAUUUGUGAAAGAACGAGUGUGGAAGAAACUUAAGGGGUGGAAGGAGCGCACCUUGUCCAGAGCGGGUCGUGAAGUGCUAGUUAAAGCUGUGGCUCAAGCAAUCCCAUCAUAUGUAAUGUCUUGCUUUGUCUUACCAGAUGGCCUUUGUCAUGAGAUUGAAGGUAUGAUUUCUCGCUUUUAUUGGGGUGGUGAUGUAACCCGUCGGGGUAUGCAUUGGAUUAAUUGGAAAACUCUUUGCCGGCCCAAAGAUAAUGGGGGUCUCGGCUUUAGAAAUUUUAAAUCUUUUAAUUUGGCCCUAGUGGCAAAGAAUUGGUGGAGGAUACAAAACUAUCCGAAUACUCUCCUUGGUAGAGUUUUUAAGGCUUUAUAUUUUCCAGCAGGUAGCAUGAAUGGAGCCAAGAAAGGUUACCGUCCGAGUUAUGCGUGGACUAGUAUUCUAAAAACAUCGGAGUUGGCUAUGAAAGGAAGCAUGUGGCGUAUUGGUAAUGGAUUGAAUGUUCGUAUUUGGGAUGACAAUUGGCUCCCGCAUGGCCCUCCAAUUAAUUGCAGGCAAGAUGUGGUGGAGGAACUUAGUUUGAAAUUUGUAGCUGAUCUUAUCCAGCCAGGUGGUGGCUCUUGGAAUAAGGAAUUGGUGGAAUGGACUUUCUGUCCAAAUACUGCAUUGCGGAUCUUGGCUGUCCCCUUAUCGGUGCAUGCAACGGAAGAUUUACUUUUUUGGGGUGGAACUCCAGAUGGGUGCUAUACAGUGAGCUCUGGCUAUGCUUUUUUACAAAACGUAGCUAGCCAAGCUUCUCCUUCAUCAUCCACCUCGGCUGAACCUGGUUUUGAUGCGACUCUCUGGCGGAAGUUCUGGAAAGCUCCAUCCCUUCCUCGGGUUAAGGAGGUGGCAUGGCGUGUGUGUGUUGGAGCGGUGCCCACUAGGCUUUGUUUGCAUCGUAGAGGAAUGGACGUGGAUCCGAGUUGCCCGGUGUGUGGCCAUGAGGAGGAGAGCAUUGAUCAUCUUUUUAUCCAUUGUCCUGUUGCGCGAGGUUGCUGGUUUGUGAGCCUGGGUGUGCGCACAGAUGCUCGUACAUCGACCUUCAUGGACUUCAUGGCUGCGGUGCUGCGUGACAAGGAUGGCUGGUGCAUUGCAGAAGUUCAGCGCAUGAUCUAUUGCUUGUGGGAGGGUCGGAACAAGGUUCUUUUCGAGCUCCGUGAACCUGGUUGUCCUACGGUGCUGUCUCGUUUUGCAGCGAUGAAGUCCCCUUCACAGCUAGCGACGCAUGGGAGUCAGAGGGAGCGGUCGGUGGUGGCAAAAUGGUUGAGACCAGCAGCUGGGAUGAUUAAAAUUAAUGUGGAUGCCUCCCUUGGUGGUGAUUUUCUUGCUGGUUUCGGUAUGGUGGCUAGGGACGAGGAUGGCGAGAUCUUGGCGGCGGCUUCACACUACCCGACGGCUGCUACUUCAGCCACGAUGGCAGAGGCGUUUUGUCUCCAUUGGGCCAUGGAGCUUUCUUCACAGUUAGGAUUCAGGGGGGUGCAGUUUGAGACUGAUUGUCUUCAGCUUUUCCAUGCUUGGAAGAAGGGUGUUGGUCAUUCUCCUUUAUUUUCUUUGCUUCAGGAUUGUAAGGCUUUUGUUCGUUUGUUUGAUUGUGUUGAGUUUACUUUUACUCGUAGACAGGGCAAUACUUGUGCUGAUUUUAUGGCUCGGAACGCCUCUACCCUUUCAAAUACUGUUUGGGUGGAGGAGGGUCCCCCGGGUUUAUGUAACCUUUUACAGGCGAAUCUUUUGGCUUCUAUGCCGGUUAUGAUUUAA